UUUGAUGAGUCGAGCUCAGUAUAGUCUUGUGUUUUCUCUCUUAGCAUAGCUCAGAAGCUCGACCAUGGCUGUCGGUAAGAACAAGAGAAUUUCCAAAGGCAAGAAGGGAGGAAAGAAGAAAGCAGCUGAUCCAUAUGCUAAAAAUGAUUGGUAUGAUAUCAAGGCUCCAUCAGUAUUUGGUGUCCGUAAUGUAGGGAAGACCCUUGUUACCCGUACACAGGGUACAAAGAUUGCUUCAGAAGGCCUGAAGCAUCGUGUGUUCGAAGUGUCAUUGGCUGAUCUUCAGAAUGAUGAAGAUCACUCCUUCAGGAAGAUUCGUCUGAGAGCUGAAGACGUCCAAGGAAGAAAUGUCCUUACAAACUUUCAUGGUAUGGACUUCACCACAGAUAAGUUGAGGUCUUUGGUAAAGAAAUGGCAAUCAUUGAUUGAGGCUCAUGUUGAUGUUAAGACAACUGAUAGCUACACCUUGAGAAUGUUCUGCAUUGGCUUUACUAAAAAGCGCCCAAACCAACAAAAACGAACUUGCUAUGCACAGUCAAGCCAGAUUCGUCGCAAGAUGCGUGAGAUCAUGGUUAACCAGGCACAGUCGUGUGAUUUGAAAGACUUGGUCCUGAAGUUCAUUCCUGAAUCUAUCGGCAGGGAGAUUGAGAAGGCAACUUCAAGCAUCUACCCGUUGCAGAAUGUCUUCAUUCGCAAGGUCAAGAUCUUGAAGGCUCCUAAAUUCGACCUUGGCAGAUUGAUGGAGAUUCACGGUGAUUACUCAGAGGCUGUCGGUGUGAAGGUGGAUAGACCGGCAGAGGAUGUUGCAACUGAGCCAACUGAAGUAGUUGGAGCUUAAAUAUGUUAUGAUUUUCAAAUCUGUUUUUGAACUUGCUUGUGGCUUAAAUUGUUUUUCAUUAAAUGAGUUAGUAGGUUA